ACAUUUUAUUAUGAUUUUCUUUUCAUCUCUUGGUUUUGUUGUCAAUAUUUCAGCGUUGUGAGAUUUAAGUUUUGACUUGUAAGGAAAAACCAAUAGAAAUAGCUACGUAUACAAAAUUGUGAUGGCAGAAAAAAGGAAAACUAAGAAACGCAAAGAGGAGUUCGGUGAACCCCCCGAAUCUGAAAAGGCGACCAGUGAGGAGUAUGCCGUCGCCAAGUGGCUGAAAGCGAAUGUUCCGACGAAGAAAACGAAAUUUUUAAACCACCACGUCGAGUAUUUUACAGGUGCAAAGGCAGUUGACGCUCUCCUGACAUCGAAAUGGGCGACGGCCAAAAACCCACUGUUCACAACUCGACUCGAUGUCACAGAUUUCCUUCACCAGAUGCUACUACACAAGUUAUUCCAUAGGGCUAAAAAGGUACCAGUGAGUGAACAGGAGUUGAGAGGCAAAUCCAAGAAGAAAGAUGUGGAGAAGUCGAGCAAAAGUGGUGAUGAAAAGGAUGGUGAUAAGGCAAGCGCUUCAGAAGGAAAAGAUAAGGACAAAGAGAAAGAGAAGAAGAAACGCAAGAUACGUCUCGAGAUGCAUUUGGAGCAAGUGUUUUUGGACAGUCUGGACGCGUACGUCUGGAUCUACGACCCAAUGCCCUGGUACUACUGGUUGUGUGGGGCACUCGUUGUCUUCGGAACUAUCGGAAUAUGCAUGUUCCCGCUGUGGCCUGCUACCGUCAGAAAAGGCGUGUACUACUUAAGUAUCGCGGCAGCAGCUUUCCUCGUCUUGAUAAUAGUGUUAGCAGUGCUCAGGGUUGUCGUAUUCUGUUUGGUCUGGGUUUUGACUCUCACGAGGCACCAUCUCUGGCUGCUUCCCAAUCUCACUGAAGAUGUGGGGUUCUUCGCCUCUUUCUGGCCGUUGUAUAAAUACGAAUACCGCGGCCCCGGUUCAGAGAGUGACAAGAAGAGUAAGAAGAAGAAAAAGAAAGACAAACAGUCUGAUGACGAGGAAGAAAAGACUCCUUUGGUGCAAGCAGAGACGCAACAAGAAGUUGCACCCGCCACUGAUAAUACGGAUACUGGCGAUCUGAAAGAGGAACCACCGGAAAGUACGGCCACAGAACACGCGGAGAAACAUUCAGAAUCGGACACAGAUAAUAGCCAACGAUCGUCCACAGAUAGGGACUUCGAGAUCGUCAACUCGGACGACCUUGAACCGGAGAUACGCACUUAGAUUAAAUACUAUUAAUAGCAUAGUUUUUUUUUUAUUGUAAUCAUCGGUUUUUAUCGCCAUCUUGAAUUCUAAAAUGGUAAAAAUAUUUUUUUUAUACUUUUUUGGUUAAAUAAAUUUUAUAUGUUUUUGCGACAAACAUUUUUGGAGAUUUGGUCAAAGCGCCAUCUUUUGCCGUUAGCGGUUUUAUGACUAGUAAAAUAAUUUACGGUAGUAAUAUUAAAAUGCAUUUGAAACGUUCGUUGACAAAUUUAUAUUAGAAAUUAAUCAAAAUAUCGACAUGGAAAAUUUUGUUUUUGAUUUUUGGUGCUGUUUUAUGAUUUUCUAUAAUUUAUAAUCGAUUAUUCGAUCUUUUGGGUAAAAAUUGUAAUUUUCCAACUUCACAAAGACGAAUUCUGUACCACGAGUUUGACAAAGUAUGGAAUGUCUUGUCAAGUUCUGUUAUAACGACAUCGUAAAGGAACUACUGAUAUUUGGUCGUAAAAACCGAAAGUCGUUACAGCUGAUGACGUUAUUAAGAAUACAAUAAAAUUCAGCCGGGACCUUUGAUUUUGGUCCAUUUAACUGGUAUGUUGUACUAAACGUACAUACGUAUACGUACGUUGUCGUAAACGGUUUUGACUGUACUUGUACAAAUUGGGACUUUUUUUUAUAUAACAGGUGCUUGUUAAAUAAAUCUCAAGUAUAUAAAACUCAACCAAAGUACCUAAUCAAAAUUCCAAAGAAUUUUUUAUUUAUUUAUUAAUUAAGUUUUGUUCUUGCACCGAAUUUUGUGUCAUAUAUUUUGACAUACGCUUUUAGUUAAAUUUGUUGAAGACGUGUGACAGUAAUCUGAGAGGGGGGAUUAAUAAAGUUUCAUUUAAGUUACUUUUUAAAAGAAUUUGCCACUUCAUAAAGAAUAAAUCCGUCACUUGCAUCAUUGGUAACUUAAGUACUCAUCUAUCUCUUUCUAUCGUAACGUAAACACAAUGUAACAGAAAGAGACGAACGUUCAAUUAACUGGGUUUAGUUUUUAUGACUAAGGGAAUACUUAAUACUUUUUCGAACUCGUGGUAAAGCUACUACGAAUCAGUGCCCAUGCCCCAUCUAAGUUCUAAAAUUCUUAUGUCACAUAUAUAGUUUUCAAUUUAUUAAAAUUCAAAAAAUGACUUAAAAAUAUGAAAUUCAAUGUAUAUUUUAUAUCAUGGUCUGUAUUUAUUUACUUUCAAUUUGAAAUUGCACAGCACAUGUAUUUGUAAAUAAUUCUAGGUGUUACUGUGUAUCAGCAAGUUUGAUCCAAUAAAAUGACAUUUAAUA